UCUGGAAACGUGUCGAAAUAAUUAGCACCUCGAGAUAUGUUUCCUAUUUACGACGUGAAACGUAUAUAAAAACAAUACCGAGACGCAAUAAAUCACUUAGUCGCAGAUUCAAUACACAGCCAUCAAGAUGGGCUCCUGUGAAGUCCACUACGAUGCGGCGACACGCACCUGGCUGGGGCCACGCGGCAAGGAGUUCUACGGCCCCGAAAUGACCCUGGGCGAAGUGACGAUGCGCGUGCUCAAUCUGAAUGCGGACAAGAUCUUACAGCAUUGCGAUAUAACGGGCGUCCAGCUAACUGGCAGGCAGCUGGCGCAGCAGGGCUUGACCAUAGAGAGGGCCUUCCGGCAGAUGGGGCUACAGUGUGGCGACGUCAUUGGCAUUGCAGCUAAUAACACCAGCUAUCUAACGGGCGUCACCAUAGCUGCGAUGCUGUGUGGCACGCCCAUCAAUCCAUUGCAUCCCGACUUUGAUCAGGCAACCGUCAAGUACAUGUUUGACAUCACGGAGCCCAAGCUGAUCUUUUGCGAUGUGGAGAACUAUGAGAUUAUUAAAGCUGUCAAUGAAAAGCUGGCCAAGCCAGCCACGAUCUACCUGGUGAAUGGGCGCAUAGAAGGCGUACUUGAUGUGUGGGAUCUUCUGAGGGAGGAUCAGUUCAUAGCGCCAGCUGCCUAUGUGCCCUGCCCCAAGUUGAAUGGCAAUCACACGGCCUUCAUCGUCUGCUCCUCGGGCACGACGGGCAUGCCGAAGGGCGUCACACGCUCGCAUCGCAGCCUCAUUUGCAACUGCAAGAAUCCCAACACCUACACCCGGGACACAGUCGUGCUCUCCUUCAGUCCGCUCUACUGGAUCUCGGGCACCUACAUGCUGUUGGCCAAUCUACUCAAUGGCUGCAAGCGCAUCAUCACACAUCGGCCGUACAGCGUGGAGUACCUGCUGGAGAUUGUCCAACGGCAUCAGGUGACCUUCCUCUUCCUUGCCUCCCAUCAGAUAGCGCUGCUGUCCAAGUGCCAGAACGACUUGCCCAAGAUUCGGGCGCAAUUGGAGUCUGUGCAGGUGCUCAUUGGAGCUGGCUCCAAGGUGUGCAAGGCCGUCUCACAGCGCAUGUACGAUCUGAUAGGCAACAUGCGCUUCGUGGUGGGCUACGGCCUGUCUGAGAUGGGCGGCAUUAGCAAGAACCUCGGCGGUCCCCUGGGCAGCGAGGGCAAGGUCAUGCGCAACGUGGAGCUGCGCGUGCUGGACAAGCUGCGCAUGCCGCUGGGCAUCAAUGAAGUUGGCAUCAUCUACGGCCACUUGCGCUACGAAUGGGCGGGCUACUACCGCAAUCCGGAGGCCACCAAGCGAGCCCUCAGUCCCGAUGGCCAGUGGCUGAGAACUGGAGACAUCGGCUAUCUCGACAGCGAGGGCUAUCUCUAUAUACUGACGCGCGACACCGAUGUCUUCAAGUACAACAACUUUCAGAUCUAUCCGGAGCAGAUCGAAGAGUUCAUCCUAAGGCUGCCAGGCGUCAGCGAGGCCUGCGUCUUUGGCGUGCCCGACGAGGUCUCCAGCAAUCUGACAGCCUGCGCCGUGGUGCGCACCCCCGAUGAGGAGGGCAGGAAACUGACAGCGGAUCAACUGCGAAAUAUUGUCGAACGAUAUCUAAGUUCGGCCUAUCACAUAAGAGGCGGUAUCUACUUUGUCGACUCACUGCCCAAAACCUCCAACGACAAGCUGCAGCGUCGCAAGGUGCCUCAAAUGGUCAAGAGCCUAGGCAUAGCUGCCGAAUAGCAUUAUGUCAUCUGACUAUAUAACUGUAUAACUACAUAUUUAGAUUA